AUGUCAGGCUCUGGAUCUGGACCAGGGUCCGACUACGAUGAGGGGGAGUUGGUGGAGCCCUGUGAGGAGGAUGCCCAGUCCUCCUACUCCCAGGAGGUGGGGCAACGCGAGCGCUAUCCCCUGGAUCGUUUCUCGCAUUUGACCGCAUCGGCUGUGGUCAGGAUGCGUAUGGCGAUGCCGGUCCAGCCCGCCUCGCCUCCGGUGGACAAUUUACAGUCCCUCGCUCCCUCCCCCCGGCGACGCAGACGCGAGGUGGUCUCUCCCAGGAUGGAACCGCUGCUGCAUUAUGCCAGCCGCAGGGCUCCUGGGAACACCGUGGAUACGCAGAGUGCUGCAUCGGGGCUAUGCUCUCCAGUUCUCCCGGCGGCCCCCUCCUUUCUGCCGUGGCGCUUCACAGGGAGGUCGACGCGCUUCUGCAGCGCGGCGCGGUAG